CAGCCCACUAUCUGCAAUCGUCGUGUCGAAACAGGACAAACGAGCGUGCGGAGAUGCUGAACGUUGGCCGGAGCAUCAUUCCGCGCAGCAUUGAUUCCCACCUGCACGCCGCACCAUGAAGCACUUCCUAGCCCUCCCCGCCCUGCUCCGAACCUCCGCGCUGGUCGCCUGGGCUUCGCAGCAAAGCUUCAGCGUGCAAGACGACCUGCUUGCCUUCCCUCAAUAUGAAGUACACUUCGUCGACGACUGGACGCCUGCGGAUGAGGUUGACGCGCGACUCGCCGGCAAUGUCAAAGGUAGCAGCUCAGCGAAUGCGCGCGACGAUGAAGCGGAACGGGGUUCACAAAUAGGAAAGUACCAGCAGCCGUUGGAUGGUGCUGCCCGAAACAAUGCAGAGGAUCAAACGGAAUGCGAACAUGAGCGCAUGGUUCUUGAUGGACAGCCCUGGCUCUGUCGCAUACCUAAAGUGAAGCCAACGGCGGACGCAGGCACCGCAAAUGAGACAUUCUCGCAAGCCGAAGAAGAGAAGGAGCUGGCCCGAGCGAACGAUCGCGGAUGGGAGCUCUUGUCGGGCAUGGAGGGCAAUUGCGUCUUCUUCAUCAGUGGCUGGUGGAGCUAUCGCUUUUGCUACAACCAGGGCAUCAAGCAGUUCCAUCAGCUUCCACCAAGCCGCGGCGUGCCCGUGUACCCUCCAGUAGAAGAUCCUGGUGUCCCAGGCUUCAUGCUGGGCACCUACGCAAAACGGCUGGACGCCGAUGAUGCCGGGCGAGAGAGGGAUUGGGACGGAGACAGCGCCUUGGAAAAGAGCGAGGGUGCAAAACGAAGUCACAACAAGCACGGAGAGUUGGUGCAACGCGGCGAGAGCAGAUAUCUCGUGCAAAAGCUGGGUGGUGGCACUAUCUGCGAUUUGACCGGCAAAGAGCGCAAGAUCGAAAUCCAAUACUUCUGCAAUCCCGCCUCCACGGAUCGCAUUGCCCUAAUUAAGGAAACGAGCACAUGCGCCUACCUGAUGGUCAUCCAGACCCCUCGUCUCUGCAACGAUGUUGCAUUUCUCCCACCACAAAAGGAUCAACCCAACCCUAUUUCGUGCUCUCCAAUACUGGAAGACGACGAAGUCGAAGAGUAUGAGCGCGAUCUGAAAGCCAUGAAGAAAGCCGAACAGGAGGUCAACAUACGAGAAGCAACGGAGGAGGCAGCAGCGGCAAUAGCCGGGACGAAGUACGAAGCUUCUCCGAAGUCAGUUGGCGACAUCGUAGUUGGCGGUCGUCGCCUGGUGCCAGAAGGGGUCAAGAUUGAGAAAAGCGCCAUUGUGGGAGGUGGCAAAGAGACAUAUGUCGACACCCUCGCAGACUCGGAGGGUAGAGUUCUCAGCAAGGAGGAAAUGGAGAAACUCGGCUUAGGCGAUCCGAAGGCUAUAGAGAAGCUUAAGAAGGAGCUUGAAAAAAUUGCACAAGGGGAACGGUGGAAGCUGGACGUCAUCGACACGCCUCGUGGUAGGGAGUAUCGAGGUAUCAUAGGUGAUGAAGAUGAGGAAGAAACCACAGGCGAAGGACCAAAGGAUGGUGAGGUGAACCAGAAAGAUGGCGAGCCUGCCCGAAAAGGCAAGAAGAAAGCCGACAAGGAUACGGAAUCAGAAGCGGACAAGGACGCAGGCGACAAGGGUCAAGCCGGCAGCCAGGAGGAGUUCUACAGAGACGAAUUGUGAGGACGGAUCGCGAGACACAGCAGCUCCACAGCGCGGCGACAUAGAAGUUAGACGACAUCGUUCACGAGCAACACGAGGAUAAGAGGCUUUCAUUC